CUCGCCUGUCACUGUAUAAAGCUUGGCUGUAGGGCCAGAUAAUUCACACCGGAUUGAAAGCCAAAACGACUUUAAGACCGUUUCCAACAACUACACAAAGAAGAUGAGCAUCACAUCGUCCUUUGGUUUGCUUUGUGUGCUGAUGUUAUUUCAAUCAGGAUUUACAGAGCGUAUCCGGUAUACAAUAACAAUUAAAACAGGUGAUGUUCGGGGCGCUGGGACCGAUGCGCACGUUUUCAUUAUUCUGCACGGAACUAGAGGGUCCACCGACAAGUAUAUUCUACCGUACAUGGUUGGUAGUUUUGAGCAGGGAUCCAAGGACAUAUUCUGGGGCACUGAAGAAAAUGUAGGACAAAUAAAAUCAAUUACGAUUGGACACGACAACGCUGGAUGGAAACCAGGCUGGUUUCUAGAGAGUGUGCACAUUACUCAGCACGUGACACCUAGUGUUGAGUACCAGAUCAACUGGAACAACUGGAUCGCCACGAGUGAGCCAGACUGGACCAUUGUCAAAACUAUCUCUGUUACACAAUUGUGAACUAAAACUUUUAACAUGGCGCAUUCGUUGUUCAAAUAAUUUCAGAGGCAUUGGAUCCAAAUGUUUUUAUGUCGAGUUUUAAAGAUGAUAAAUAGAUUAUUUUUAACUUAAUAGUAAAAUAAAUCACUACAUUAAUGAA